AUGUCAGAUACAGACGAGAGAUCUGUGAAUGUCGGCAAGAAGGAGAAGUCUAGGAAGCCGGGAAACACCGCUUUCAGACAACAGCGUUUAAAGGCAUGGCAGCCUAUCCUGACACCGAAGACGGUGCUUCCGAUCUUUUUUGCUAUUGGAAUUAUCUUUGCGCCGAUCGGAGGAUUGCUCUUAUAUGCCUCCCGUGUGGUAUCGGAGGUUAUGAUUGACUACACACACUGCAUCACGUCAGCUGAAAACGGAACUUUCGCGACGAUACCCAGCAAGUAUCUGUCAGCGUCGUUUGACAAGUCGAAGCUGCAAGCGCAGUGGUCAAUUUCCACCAACACCAGCGUCAACCCCUACCCGGGUAGCAACGGUACGGUGUGCAACAUCAGGUUCAACCUCCCCGAGAAAUUCGGUGCCCCGUGGUUCCUCUACUACCACCUCACCAACUUCUACCAGAACCACCGUCGCUACAUCCAAUCCGUCGACAUCGAACAACUGUCCGGUCACGCACGUACCGCUAGCGACGUCGACAGCACCGAUUCUUGCAGUCCCCUCGCCAAGGACGGAGACCUUCCCUACUAUCCAUGUGGUCUGAUCGCCAACUCUCAAUUCAACGACACGUUCUCCGACCUCACUGCCAUUAACCCUCCAAGCGGUGCGGCAGAGAUCGUCGUCUUGACUAAGAACAACAUCGCCUGGUCCUCCGACAAGGAUCUUUACAAAAACACCACAUACACCCCCGAAACCUGUCUGCCGCCGCCGAACUGGGUGGGGAGGUACGGAGCCACCUACAGUGCGUCUGAUUUGUAUUCGAUUCAUGACGAUGAGGAGUUGAUGGUGUGGAUGCGCACGGCGGGGUUGCCGGAUUUCUCCAAGUUAGCGAGGAGAAAUGAUUCGUACUCCCUUCCGGCUGGUACUUAUGAACUUUCCAUCGGACUUAACUUCCCGGUAACUGAGUACGACGGUACCAAAUCUAUUCUCCUCUCCACCCGCUCCGUUAUUGGCGGACGUAAUGAUUUCUUGGGUAUUGCGUACCUUGUUGUUGCGGGGUUGUGUAUCAUCCUUGGAGCGUUGUUUACGGCUAGACAUUUGAUCAAGCCGAGGAAGUUGGGAGAUCAUAGAUAUUUGUCGUGGUCGCAGUAG